UCUUUAUGUCUUUGGAUCAAAGAGUUCAUUCAUUCACAAAACAACUGUAGAUAAUUUGGUCAUGAGACUUUAUAGCGAUGGCACAAUCUUCUACAUUGUUAAAAUAACAAGUACUGUUGCAUGCCAAAUGAAUCUACAUAAUUUUCCUUUGGACGUCGAAAAGUGUUCGCUACGAUUACAAAGCCUUGGAUAUACAAGCGAUGAACUCACCUUGGAGUGGUCGGUAGGAAACCAUAUGGAGGAUUUAUUCAUGGACACGAGAUUGGUGAAAAACAUGCCCAAGUUCCAACUCGUGCAUUACACGUUUCAUUCCACGCAAUAUAAUUACGAUGACCGCGACAAGAUUGAGCGGGUUUCAGGUGGAAAAUCUCAACUUAAGGUCAGCUUUGAACUGAAGCGAUAUUUGUUGUCAGUUUUUUUUCAAUCUUACUUCCCAGCAUUGAUUAUGGUGGUGUUGGCAGGACUUGGAAUGUGGAUUGAUCCACGAUCUGUGCCUGCAAGGAUAUCUUUAGGUGUAACAUCUGUACUGACAAUAUCAACGGUAAUUACUGGACUGAAGACUUCUUUGCCAAAGGUGUCCUACCUUACUGCGAUGGACGUUUAUCUUUGGACAUGUUUCAUUUUUGUGUUUUCGACCGUGCUUGAGUUCUGUGUUGUAAAUUACCUCAUGACUGAAAAAGGGAAGAAGUUUCUCGAAAAAAUGCAGUCGCGCAAAGAAAUUAGAUCCCGAAAUAGACAAAUACGGAAAGCUUAUUCUAAGAGACGUACUGAAGCUAAUAGAUGGAGAAAUAUGACUGUUAUCAAGUCAAGGCAACAGGAUAACGAGUUGGAUCUAUACACAAACCACGACCCUACCCCCUUGCAUACGUACAAGAAUUCUGCCCAGCCUAAAGAACAUCAUGUACAGUAUAUUCAGAAAAAACUAAAGACGGGAUAUUUCUGCACCGAGACGUUAUGCUUUCCCACAAGCGCUUCAAUGGACGUGAAAUUUCGAAUCGGAUAUUUUCUUACUUUUAUUCUUUUCAAUGGAGUUUAUUGGACCUACUAUGUGUUGGCCACCAAACAUGCUGACGAAUCCGAAGUUUAAAAUUCGAAUCCGAAUAUUAAAGUUUGAAUCCGAAGAUUAAAAUUUGUAAAUUUGUAAGGUGCACUGAAUUUAUUACAUAACCAAGUCUGUAUCCAUGUGUUAAAUAAACUAUAAUUUUAAAUACUAA